AUGGCUCCCAGCAGAUUGUUGCUCCUAUGCUGGUUCUCAGGCAGCUCCAUGUUGCCAGAUAUCGGAUUCCUUAGAGAUGCCAGAGGUCCACGGAGUGGAGAUGCACGUCACAAGCUUGGCAAAUUAAGCAGCCUGGAGCGCACAGGAACGACGAAGACGCGUUGUGUCGUUGCAAAGCAGAUGCGGGACAGCUACGCGAGGUUGACCAAGCUUCGCUGA